AUGGAGAAGAUUGACACACAUUGUCAUAUCGUCCCUCCGGGCUGGAGAAAAUGGUGUGAAGAGCUUGGCUGGGGGACGCCCGAUGGCAUGCCAUGUAUCCCAGAAUGGUCUCCAGAAGGCCAUAUUGCGCUGAUGGAUAAACUCGGCAUCAAGAGAUCCAUACUGAGUAUUACCUCGCCUGGUACCCAUCUCAAAGUAGGCGACUUCGAACUCGCGAAGCGAAUCACCUUCGAGACUAACGAGGAAAUUGCCGGGAUCUGUCGCCAAUUUCCCGGUAGAUUUGGCUGGUUUGCAUCCCUUCCCCUGCCCAAUGUGGAAGGGUCUCUCGAGGAAAUCGACCAUGCGUUGGAACUUGGUGCCUCGGGAUUCGCCGUUAUGACCAACGCUCAAGGCUACUAUAUGGGUGAUCCACGUUUCGACCAAGUCUUCAAGAAGAUGAACGAUCAUAAAGCCGUCAUUUUCAUGCAUCCGACCCAAUGUUGCUCUCUUGACAAUCCAGAUGCUGAUAAACCUUUGGCACAGUACCCGACACCAAUGAUGGAGUACUUUUUCGACACUACUCGUGCCGUGGUCAAUCUACUUCUUUCGGGUACGGUGACUCGCUUCGAGGGCUUGACUUUUUUGGUUUCUCACUGCGGUGCCACCUUGCCUCCUCUUGUGGAAAGAUUUACUGCUUUCUCGACCAGGAUGCUUCAAGGAUGUGAGAAAUUGACCAGCGAGCGAGUCAAGGAAUUAUUCACCACCCGAUUCUUUUUCGACUUGGCUGGCAUGCCGUUCCCAGAUCUCAUUCAUGGUUACUUAAGAGUAGGCCAGGCAGAUCGCUUACUUUACGGUAGUGACUACCCCUACACCCCGGGGCCAGUUGUCGAGGGGUUAAGCCACGUUAUGGAUACUCAGUUUAAGGAGAUGUUUGAAGAGGCACAGAUUCAGAAGAUCUUUUCUGGAAAUGCAAAGUCGCUUGGGCUAUGA